GAAGGCUUGGAAGAGAGGGUAUUUGCUGUAUGGUCCUCCAGGGACCGGAAAGUCAACUAUGGUGGCUGCCAUGGCUAAUUUCAUGAAGUAUGAUGUGUAUGAUCUUGAAUUAACCGCCGUGAAGGACAAUUCUGAGUUGAGAAAACUGUUGAUUAACACGGCAAGUAAGUCCAUUAUCGUCAUUGAAGACAUUGAUUGCUCACUUCAUCUCACUGGCCAGAGGAAGAACAAGAAGAAGAAUGGGAAAAGUGAUGCCAGGGAAGAAGGGAAAGAUGCUGUAAAAAGGAGCGACGGCGAAGAAGAUGAGAAGGGUAGCAAGGUAACUUUGUCUGGUUUGUUGAAUAUAAUAGAUGGAAUUUGGUCAGCUUGUGGGGGAGAGAAGAUAAUGAUUUUCACAACCAAUUUUGUGGAGAAGCUUGAUCCAGCUUUGAUUAGGAGAGGGCGAAUGGACAAGCACAUUGAAUUAUCAUAUUGUCGCUAUGAAGCAUUCAAGAUUCUUGCAAAGAACUAUUUGGAUCUUGAGUACCACAAUUUGUUUCCCACAAUUGAGAAAUUGUUGGAAAUGACCAAUAUGACCCCUGCUGAUGUUGCUGAGAAUCUCAUGCCUAAGUCACUUGAUGAGGGAGUGGACACUUGCUUGUGUAAUUUGGUUCAAGCUCUUGAGAAAUCCAAGCAAGAUUCAAACAAGGUAGAGAUUAAUGAAAAGGGGAAAGUCCAAUCUACAAGAGAAUAAAAUCCAUGUAUUUGGCUUUUUGUUUGUUCAUUAGUUUGAUAAUUUGGAUAUCUAUUACUACUACCUUAUGUGUAAAUAUUAUUGAAGGAUUACUAUCUGUUCAUAACACACAGCGGAAGAAAAUAAAGUAAUUCUUAAUGAUCUA